CUUCAACCCAAGUACUAUAUGUGGUUUCGCUUCUAUUCCGUAUACGUCUGAGGACAUACAUGGCGCCUUCAUACGGUGCCAAGUACUAUAUAUUUUCAUCCAUAUAACAUCAGCGAAUUCGAGAGAAUACAAGUAUUCUUUUGGGCUUUCACAGUCAGCCCCAACUACAUGCUCAUCAUGCCAUCCAAACCUCGCAGCACAGCAGGAGAACCUGUCGAAGCUGUCCAAGCUUCGAGCAUACAGAUACAAGGCCUCCCACCACCAAGUACUAAGGGUAUGCACAAGGAAGUAGAGAAGUGCUGGAUAAAGCUGAUUAAGAGCCUCGAAAACUUUCUCAAACACGAGCCCGAGGGACCUCGCCGCGAGAAUAUUCUGGCAUGCCUUUACUUUGCACAAGAGUAUGGCUACCCAGAGGAUCCGUAUUGUCUAUGGGCGGUUGAUGGUGUUGCGAGAUGUAUGGAUGGAAAGGAAUUUAUAAAGAUUUCUAGUAGUCAGGACUGGGCCCAAAUGCAGCAUGCUUUUGCCUGUCUCGGUGGUAUGAGGUGGCUGUAUUGAGCGCUCUCCUUCCAUUUAUCCCCUCUCUUAGAGGAGCCUCCUUCGCACCACUUGUACGGAUUUUUCAGACCACUACCCACGAAACACAUGCUUCAGAGUGCAUUUAGCUGCGUACCAUCUAAAGACGCAAAACCAGUUCCGAACACGACGCCAGCACCUACCUGCCCCGGCCGCCCGGCCUCAACCAACUGCCACGACCGGCCGUGGUCAACCGUUUUGCCUGGCAUCAAAUCACCUCUGAUUGUCUGGAAAUCCCUGCCAGCUGUCAUGUAUCAAACGCACAAAUGGCAUUAUGGAAACAAAAUAUGGUCAUUCCAGAAUAGUUAAGGGGAUUGGUUAGGAACAAGCAGUA